AUGGGCACGCCUUCGUUGGGUCUCUCGAUUUCACUGGUGUGCUUCGUCGUCUUGAUGUUGGCCAGUAACAGUGUCGCACAUCGUCAGAAAAUGCGAAUGGAUCGGCGACCCCAGGCGGGCGAGUGCCAGCUCGAUCGCCUUGAGUCUCUUAAACCCGUUUAUCGUAUCGAGUCGGAAGGUGGGGUGACUGAAUCAUGGAACCAUAGCGACAAGAUACUUCGCUGUGCUGGUGUUACUCUCGUUCGACGCACCGUUCAGCCCAAAGGCCUCGUCCUGCCUUCCUACACCAAUGCUCCCCAACUACUAUAUUAUGUCCGAGGAAGUGGGAUUCAAGGGAUGACCAUCUUUCCUUCUUGUCCUGAGUCAUUUGAGGAGCCUGAAGGAUCUGAGGGAGGAUACAGAGAGAAACAUCAGAAAGUGCAUGAAAUCGGAGAAGGCGACAUUAUUGCCAUACCUGCUGGAAUAGGUUACUGGUUCUACAACAACGGGAACACCCCACUCGUCGUCGUCAUCCUCAUGGACACUAGUAACGCGGACAAUCAACUUGACGGAAAACCAAGAAGAUUCUAUCUUGCAGGCAACCCAGAAGAUGAACACGGGGAGGAAACUGAUGGGGAGAGUGGAAGAAAUUUAUUCAGCAGAAUUCACGAACAGCUUUUAAGUGAAAUAUACGGUGUGAGCGUGGAGACAGUGAGAAAGAUGAAAGGUGCAGAUGAUACCAGAAAGAACAUUGUGUUGGUGAAGGAAGGCCUGGAAGUGGUGAGGCCGGAACCAGGGCCACGCGCCAAUGGGCUUGAGGAGACCAUAUGCACCUUGAGGGUUCGAGAACACGUCGGUAGCGCCGCACGCGCCGAUAUAUACACCCCACACGCUGGUCGCAUCGCCACCCUCAACAGCAUCAAGCUCCCUAUCCUCGCUGACCUCCGUCUCAGCGCCGAGAGAGGCGUUCUUUACGAAAAUGGUGUUUAUGUGCCACAUUGGAAUCUGAACGCCAACACCAUAUUGUACGUGACGGGUGGGAAAGGGACAAUUCAGGUGGUGGAUAACGAGGGAAGAAGCGUGUUUGACGGGAAGAUAGAAGAGGGAGAGGUUCUGGUGAUUCCGCAGAAUUUCGUAGUGGUGAUACAGGCGACUGGAGAAGGAGGGUUCGAGUGGAUAGCUUUCAAGACGGCAGAGGAUGCGAUGAUUAGCCCGCUGGUGGGGAUAUCCUCAGCCAUUAGAGCUCUACCUGUGCAUGUCGUUGCCAACAUUUUCAGAGUCAGCAUAAAGGAAGCCCAGAGGCUCAAAAUCGGCAGGGACCAGGCUUCUCUGUUUAGCAUAGCCUCUCAGUCCUCGAAAACAAAGGCUUUUGUUUAG